GAGCGAUCUCGGCGGUUUGGCUGUGGCUCGGAACUUCGUGAACUUAGGAGCUCGCACUGCCUGCUACAUCAAUUUGUGCUUCGAGAACCACUUCGUGUGUACAGCUCUGGAAUUGCCGCCCCGCGGGGGAUCGGAGAGCGCGUUUAUGAUUGCGGCGUGAGCGCGACGGCUGCGGAGGAAUCUUCCCCGUAAUGGCUCGUUUUGCGGUACUUCUAACGGCUGCAGCAAACGUCUUCACAGUGUUCGGUUGCAAGUAUGACCGCAUUGCGAAAUGCACACAGCCCGUGCGGCACGAAUUGUCAGACGAGCGACUGAGUCUCGCGGCCAAUCUCGAGGAUCUCAAACUCUACUGCGACCGUAUGGAACGAGCUCACAGAUGCAUCGAAAUCGAGAUCGAUGUCUGCCCGCGCCAACUCAAAGAUUCCUAUAGACGUGCGAUGAACGCGGAAAAAUUCGUCAUGGAGGACGUUUGCAAAUCAGGCGAUGCUCAGAAAGAAUACUUGAAAUACGCACCUUGUUUCCGGGCGAUGCUGAUGGAAGGGGGAUCCUGUCACGUGGCUUACUCUCACCUAAUGGAUGUGACCGUGGCCUUGAAUCCAUCACAACCAAGCGGCGAUGUCAACCCCGAGCUCAACCAAGUUCUCCAUCGUCAUGUCAUAGCGAAUGUUUGUUGCGCUUACCACGCACUCCACGCGUGCUACAUGGCAAAUACGGCGAGAGAUUGUGGCGCUGAAGCUCUCCAGACCUCGCUUAGAUCCCUAGACAAACUCAAUGGAGGAAUGGAGCAAAGCUGUUCAACGGUGAAGCCAUCGUGUGCGGGAUACGUUGUGACUUCGGCCGCCUCACCGCUCGGCGGAGAGAGCAUACUCCGCGCUAUAGUCAAGGCUGUGCAAGGUGUGGGAACCCUCAUCCUCAGAAUAUAA